AUCCUCUUGUGGAGGGAGCAGGAACUACAUGUGAGCUGUAGCUGGUUCCCCUUUGCUGGUGGUUUUCAGCUCUUGUGCACUGCAAACACACAGAGAGGGUUGUUGAAUGUGAAGCCAGGGGCACGUGGGAGGUACACCCUGUGCUGUUGCUUGGGAAUUUAUUCCCGUUGUCAUUGCCAAGAUGCAGAUCCAAGCUGUUGGUUUGUGUGCAGGGCUGGUAUAAGAAUUGAAGGUUUACCUGAAGUAACGGAGCAUCUCUCAUCUCCUUGCUCCUUACAAAGCCAAGGCUUUUGCAGCCACCAAUCUAAGCUCAUGGGAACAGGGACAGGCUGAACUGAUUGUACCCAGCACCCACAUUUCCAGUGAGGUCACAACUGAAGGACAACUGCCUGGCUUGGGCACUGUGAAGGGCAAAUUUGAGCGAAUGUCUCUCAGUUGUCUUCAAAGGGAAGGUGGGUGCUCACCAUAGAGAACUUUCUACUCCUACCCUCAGGGCUGGGAGUUGCUCAGUAGCAGGAAACCAGGGGUGGUUUUAGUGUGAAGUCAACAUCAAGAUACACCUCUGUCACAUUCAUUGGAAUAGAAAAGCAAAAGCAGCAUCCUGCUGGCUUCUUUUAGUAGAGAGCUGAUGUAGCUGAAAGGCAACAGGCCAGCUUGGGGCAUCAACCCUUUCCUCAGAUCUUUAACUCAUCAGUCAGAUUGUAGAGAGCAACUAAAGAGACCUUUGAAAAUGCUGUGGAUGUCGUGUCUCCCAACUGCAUCCCUCUGUCUGCUGCUCCUCCCGUGCUUCCCUGCCCAGAACGGUGGAGAAACCGAACAGUCAACAGACGUUAUCAGUGUUUGGGAAGGAGACUCCAUCAGCAUAACUUGCUCAAUCAGUGGUUUAGGAGAGCACGUGGGAAUGCACUUGAAAAGUAGCAGAAAGACAGUCAAUAUGAUAUAUUUUCCCAAGGACAGUCCUCCAAAUAUCUCUCCUGAUUUGGCUGGUCGCACCGAGUGUUCAAGGGAAGGAAGGAAUUACAGGACAACUUUGCACAGUGUACAGGAAUCCGACUCCAAUAUCUACCUAUGCAUUGAGUAUGUUACAGUCAAUGACCGUCACAAAAUACUGGAUGGGAAGAGAACCAUAGUAGUGGUGAAAGCUAAAACUGGUGGGGCUUUGAAGCAGUCACCGCUCUAUGCCAGCCCUCAGCAAGGCCAGUCUGUCAACAUCACCUGUGUGAUGAACAGCCCACGUGGGGAUGAAGAGAUCUACCUGCUCAGGACUCAUGUGCAACCUGAAAGUGUUCUGUAUGUGUCAAAUCAGAAUGCUACAAGGAUUCUACCUGCCUUUGCUGAUCGCUUGGAGUAUUCAAGGGAAGGGAAGCAAAUAGUAAUAACUCUACACAACCUGCAGGAAAACGACAGUGAUAACUAUGUCUGUGCUGAGGAGGUGAAACAUGUGAAAAAUACCCGUCUCCUCUCAGCAAGUGGCACCAUGGUGCUGGUUAAAGAAGGGGAGCAGGCAUACUCCCAGAAGGCAUGCAGUCAUAGUUCCUGGGUCAUCUAUUCUCUCCUCAUCGUGGUGGCACUACUGUUUUGUGCACUGGUGUGCUGCACCUUGUACCGUGUCAAUAUAAAGAAGUACUUCCAAAAAACCACCCCAAAUGUAGUUUAUGAAGAUAUGUCUUACAGUUCCAGACGGAACACACUGGUCAGAACCAACACCUACUCCAAGGGCAGUGAAGCUUAAGCUGGGACCUUGCGUGCAUCAGCAUCAACCAUUCCUUUACAGGUCUCUCUGAGAGCUGCUUCAACAAUCUGAUGUAGUAGUUGAACUGAAAGUGCUAUCACCCACCUUUUUCAGUGGAGAGAAAAGACUAAUUUCCAAAGCUUUUUUCUGCUUUUUACUUUUUUUCUUUUAAAUGUAUAGAAAAUAGAG